UACCAAGUUCAAUCAGAGCAGUUCUCUAUCUGAAAAUCAGCAGUAGACACAAAAUGUCUGAAAAUAUUUAUAUAAAUACUCUCCCACGACAUAAUUUAGGAUCAGCUGGGAAAGAUCAAGAUAAGAAGUGUGUCAGCAAUAAGAGAAAAGGUGUCUAUACGGUGGUCCUUCUCUCUGUUCUCCUCUUCCUGUCUCUCCUAGCUACUGCAGUGUUGGCUUACUUGUAUUACACCAGUAACACAAAUCAGCUGAUAGGAUGUAAGCCAGUGACAAACAGCUCAAAUCUAGACUAUUACACAACCGCAGGAGUCAACAAGCCAUUACUUCCCUGUUCUUAUAAAGGUUUGCCAGAGAAGUGGGUUCAAGACAAGGGCAGAUUCUAUGUUUUCUCCAAUUAUACCAUGGACUGGAUCAGCAGCAGACAACGCUGUCAGGAUCUGGGUGGAGACCUGGUCAUCAUCAACAGCAGUGAGGAGCAGGAAUUUCUUGCUCAGAAAAUAGUCACUUUUAAUGCAAUGGCGCUACACUGGAUUGGUCUGACUGACCAGCAGACUGAAGGUGUGUGGCUUUGGGUGGACAACACCACCCUAAACAACAACAUCUCAUGGUGGAUCUUCCCUCCUGAUGAUAAUGAUAUACAAGAUCCAAUGGGUGAAGACUGUGCGGUAAUAAAUGGACAGUUAAGAGGAGAAAAAUGGGGAGAUAUUUCUUGCUUGAAAAUGCAAAGAAGCAUUUGUGAGGUUCCGUGUUCUUGAUCAGUACUACAGCACCUACACUCUUAAGUUUCAGAAGGAGGUUCUUUUAAUACUUCAUGACUCAAUAUCACUGUUAUAUGUUAUAUUAUUAUAUACAAUAAAGUGUAGAAAUCUGUGUAGCUCUUUAUGAAGACUAGAUUAAAAUUUUAUUUUAUUUAUUGUAGAUUUUAUUUUGCUAUUAUUGUUAGUAGUGACAGAGACAGUUGAGGAGGUGGAUGGUAGGUGCUCUAUUAUUACUGUAAAUUACUGUCUUCUGCCCCCUGGUGGAAUAUUCAUGCUUUUUAAAGGAACAGUUCAUCCCAAAAAUAAUAAUAAAAAAAUAUAUAUAAAUAAAAUAAAAAAUAGCUGAAAUUUUUGUCACACUAAGGCCAUCCAAGUUGCAGAUGUUCAUUUGCUCACCAGUGCAUAGACUGACUGAUUGAUGUGUUGGUGUUGAAUGUACAGAAGAGAUCAAAAUUAGAGAAUAACCUAUAUUUUUUCUAAAUUUAAAGGUCACUGCUUAGUCCUAUUUGAAGUUAUCCUAACAGAAGUAGAAGGGCAGUUUUUUAGACUCUCAAUAGGGAAUCGGUUCAACACCGCAGCUGGAAUUGCUUGCCAGUUGAGUGCUGAAAAGGGUAAGGAUCUGUCUCAGCAUGUUUAAGGGAAGUCGGACUGAAAGUGCACUCUGCAGUGACCAAGCCUCUCAUCAGGAGAAAGAAUCAAAAGGCUAGACUAACCUUUGCUGAGGAACAUGUUGUGCAGAGAGAGGACUGGUCCAAAGUUCACUUUACUGAUGAGAGCCAGUUUAGUUUAUUUGGGUCUGAUGGGAAACUUUUUGUUUAGCAUCAGUCUGAGGAAAUACUGAAGCCUAAGUGUGUAAGGAAAGAAAGUUUUUUUCUGAAGCAGUUCCUUCCCUGCAAGCAUCUCCCAAUCAGCCUGCCCUCAUGCCCUCAUCACACUGCAAAGCAGGUAAAUCAGUUCCUUGAAGUUGAGUCCUGAUCGAAAGAUUGAAAAUCUCUGGAGAAUCAUUGGCGACAAUGUUAUGGCUAAGAAACCCACUACAGUUACCAAACUAUGGAAGAGAGUUGAAAAAGAGCAGACCAAUAUCCCACCAGCGCAGGGUGAGAAACUAGUGAUGACUUGCGGCCACAGAUGUGGUGAAAUCAUUCAAAGCAUGGGCCUCUACACUUCCUACUCAUUUCUGAGAGCCGUAACCCAACCAAGAUUUCAUCUGUAAUCUUCUUUCAUGCUACAAUGGUUACUGUUCUCUAAUUUUGGUCACUUUUCCAGUUUUUUGAUGAAAUUCUCUGGUUAUUUUGUCAAACAUACCACUAUUAGUAGAACAGUGGUAUACCCACAGCUAAUAUUCCUUCACAAAUUCCUUCUAAUAUUCCUUCAUUUUGAGCAAUGAAAACUAACAAUAUUUCAUAAAAAAUAAAGUGCUAAUAGUUCUCUGAUUUUGACCUCCACCUUGUACAUUGUUUUAAUAGCAUGUAUGUAUAAAGGUCUGUGUUUGCUGCUGCUUUAUCUAUUUGUGUGAACUGUGAACAGCAAGAGGCCCACCCUCUGUUUCAGUAUGAGAGUAACCAAAAAGAAAAAAGCCAUGUUUCUUUUCAGUGUGAUAGACUGCCAUCAGUAUUGAAUUACAGUAGGAUCAAAGUUAAAUUAGAGCAACAUUUCAGCAAUUAGAUUAAAGCAUAAACAGCCUUCAAGCAGUAUUGACCACAGAUAAAAAUGUAUCAUUCAUUGUUUAAGAUGAUGCCCCUAACAGCUAAUAAACAACUUACAGGAAAUGACGACAGGAAAUAUCACGACUAAAGUAGUUAAACCCCUUCAGCCUGAAUGCUUCACCAGAUCUUCCCUUCAUUUCUCACAUAUUUGCAAAAGAUGCCUGCACCUAUUUAUUCCAACACCAUUCCAAGAUCCACCUCAAAGUCAGCACAUAAGGGUCAAAAUAGUAAUUGUUUAGUUGAUAAGAGAGAAGCUAUCGGUUUGGUGGUUUUUCUCUCGGUGCUCCUCUUCCUGUCUCUGCUGGCUAAUGCGGUGUUGACUUACCUGUAUUAUAGCAAUGGUCUGGACUGGGUAAUAAGUUGUGAACCAGUAAGAAACUGUUCAGAUCGAGGUAGACAAAUUCCUUAUCGUUCUCAUUUACAUGACAAUACAGAUACACAAUGUUUAUUUAUAAUUUAUUUAUAAUUUUGUUUAUUUCUAUGCUAGACUUUGGCCACAUUGCUCAAAUCAAACAGUUUUUUCACAAGGAUAUGGAAAACAGAUCUGUAGCACAUCACUGUCCCAAAAAAAGCAAGUCAAUUUUUUUUUCAUGUUAGUUUAAACAAGAGCACAUAUUAGAAACGUUAGAAGUUAUGUCUCAUGUGACACACAACAGUUUUGUACAGCACAAUCAUAUUAAACAUUCAGAAAUUUUCAUGUAAGAUCUCCCAGAGAAGUGGGUCCAGAAAAAUGGCAGAUUCUAUGUUUUCUCCACCGAUACAAAGGACUGGAACAGCAGCAGACAACGCUGUCAGGAUCUGGGUGGAGACCUGCUUGUUAUCAACAGCACUGAUGAGCAGAGAUAUCUUGCGGAGCAAAUACACGCUAUUGGGGCACAAACAUUAUAUUGGAUUGGUCUGACUGAUAGUCACACGGAAGGUGUAUGGCUGUGGGUGGAUGGGACAAAGAAUCA